CAGGAUCCUGAGUUUGUCUUUGUCAAUGAAAGAAUGUCUUGGUCCGAUGCUCAGAAGCACUGCAGGGAGAACUUCAUAGACCUGGCCACUGUGAGGAACUUCAAUGACACCAAGAAGUUCCUGAGCUGGCUGCCAAAAAGACUUGUGGUAUGGAUUGGUUUGUACAGAGAUCCUGACAUUAACUGGUCUAAUGGGAGUCUCUCCACAUACACAUACUGGAAAGGCAGUUCAACUCCAUUAGGCUCCAUGAGCGUGGUUUGUGGAGCUGCGGAGAUGCCAACAUCAGGAAAAUGGAUUUUGUCUGACUGCGAAACUAAACUCCCGUUCGUUUGCUACAGCCCUCCAUCAAAACAGCAGGUGAUAAAGCUCAGGAUGAAGCCAGAGGACUCCACUGUGGAUCUGAAUGACCCUGCUGUGAAAGCAGACAUACUGAAAAAGCUCCAGGACAGGCUGAAGGAGAAAGGACUGAGUGGAGUCACCCUGAAGUGGAAAGAGCAGCCUGAUGGGAAAGUUUUCCACAAGGAAGAAAAAUGUUCUCAGAAGAAAAACGAUGAAAACUUUAAGCUCUGCACAUGAAAUGUACCCGUGUUUAGCUGCACAGUAAUGUGUGUUAUCAAUGUUGGAUGAUGAUUCUAUCUGAGACGUGCAUUACAAUAAGUGACUAAGGCAUUCAGUGUGAUAAAUAAUUAUUUAAAAAGUGUAUUGU